CUGAAAUCAGUUUGUUUAUGUUUACAUUUGUUCGAUGCGGAGUGCGCACAAAUUUUGAGUGUUGAAAUUAAUUUGUUUACUACUUUAGUUAGUUACCGGUAAAGUUUUAUGUUAAAAUGAUCGGUGAUCAACUUGUAAUUGUGCCUGUUGUUUCAAAUGAAAGCGUGACAAUGGAAGAACAAAGGUAUUAAUGUUAUGCUAGCUAAAAACCUAAAAAUUACCUGGUUUUAUGAUAAAAACAAAAAGUUCAACAUGUUAUUUCUCAUUCCACCAUCAGCAUGGAUGUCAACCCGGCGACUCUGGCUAGCUAUGGAAUCUCCUUCUACAGUGAAGAGCAAGACUACAAUCCUCCACCCGUGCUUGCAAGUGCGGCGCCUCAAAUUGAGCCAAACUACUCAAAAUACGACCUUGGCGAGGGUUACUUCAGUUACUACGCGGACGACCCAAAUGUUCCUGAACGGUCCAGUUGCAGAGCAGCAUCACCGGCAUUGUCGGACAUUCUGAACGAAUUUUCGGUUCCGGGAGGAAUUGUGCCCUUGGAAACCAGUGAUUGCAGUGACACGGAGGAUGAUCCUGAAAUCUCUGAAAAGGCAAUUACCAUCAACGCCAGCGACGACGAAUCAAGUUCCGCUCUCCCGGUUCCGAAAACCAAAAAGUCCCGUGGUCGUAAGCGCCUCCAACAGGAGGUGGUCAUUCCCGGCAAGUGGUACUGCAAGGAGUGUGCUCGAAAUUUCAUGAGCCAGGCAGGGCUAACGCAGCACAUCAACACCCGCCAUUCCCGGCUGAAGCCGCAUCGCUGUGACGUCUGCAGCAAGCGGUUUGAUUUUCUGCAAGAGAUGAAAGAUCAUCGGGAGAGGCAUGCGGCAAAGAACAAACCGUUCGCAUGUUCCUUCGAUGGGUGCACCAAGAGGUUUGUGUAUCGGUAUGAUAUGGAUCGACACUUUCUGACCAAUCACGGCGAGGCACCGCACCCCUGUAAGCUUUGCGAUCGAGGAUUUGGGCGGAUGGAUCAGCUGCAGAAACAUUUGCAAAGUCAUAGGAAGAAUACGAACUUUAGACAUAUGUGCUAAGAACAAGUCCACGAGCAGGCGUCAGAUCGUAUGUUCUGCUUGUGGACUUACUCUUUUUGUAGGAUGUUGCUGAAAUGUCAUGCUCGAUCUUCAUAGAAUUCAAAGACUUUGCCCCAAUAAAUCGUUUUGUUAUCAUA